AUGAAGCAAAAGUAUACCGAAGACCCCCAGCACCCUGCGGAGCCACGUCAACCUGGAUGUGGAUGGCUUCCAAACAGAGCUCGUCACCACUUGAUCUCUUUCCUCGGAGAAUAUGUCGGCACCUUCCUGUUCUUGUUCUUCGCCUUUGCUGCUACACAGGUUGCCAACAACCUCCGCGGUACUAGACCCAUGGAUGUCGGAACUUUGCUAUACAUCUCUUUGGCCUUUGGUUGUUCGCUAGCCAUCACAGUCUGGGUCUUCUUUCGUAUCAGUGGAGGCCUGUUCAAUCCCGCUGUUACUUUCGCCAUGGGACUUGUUGGGGCAAUUGGCUGGGUAAAAGUCUUACUGCUCAUACUCGCACAGACACUUGGUGCAAUCACCGCAGCGGCCAUUGUCUCUGGCCUCUUUCCUGGGCCACUGUCGGUCAACACAAGCCUCAGCAAGGGCACCUCAGUCACCCGAGGCUUGUUUAUCGAGAUGUUUCUUACAUUCAUGCUUCUCCUCACCAUAUUCAUGCUGGCUGCAGAAAAGCACAGGGCGACUUUCAUCGCUCCGCUUGGAAUUGGACUCGCUCUGUUCAUUGCUGAAUUGGCUGGUGUUUACUUCACCGGUGGCUCCCUGAACCCAGCACGGUCUUUCGGACCAGCUCUCAUCACGGGCAAAUGGCCCGGUCACCACUGGAUCUACUGGCUUGGUCCUCUUCUCGGUGCGGCCAUGGCGGCUGGCUUCUACCGUCUGUUGAAGACGCUCGGGUACGAGACUGCCAACCCAGGUGCAGAUGGUGAUGGCCGUGAGGAAUACAGCACUCGGGCUUCUGAUAGGACCCCGACACGUUACCAGACUGGAACAAUGCCUCUCAGUACCACCGACGGAACCGAAGAGCACGACUUUGUGAUCCAGUUGCAGUCAGGUCAAAUACAGCCAGCCAAGAUCCAUCGUCAAGCCAUGCCCGCUCUGGAUGGUACAACAUCGACAAUCACCGACAGCAUCGAGAAGCCCAUGACACCUACCCCAGUUCACAUGCAUAAUCUAGACGGCCACCGGUCCGACACCAUCAACCAUCCCGAAGACCGUCCACGUGCCCACCACAAACGAGGUUCCUCCCAACAUGAGAUGGCAUCAGACUCUAGUUAUCGCCACGGGCCAAAUGCAGAGUCUGGCAGCUCAGAGUCAUAG